AGAUCCUGCCGUGCGCCUUACAUGUUUUGAAGUUUGAACACUUGGUUUCAUUCCUUCCACCAUCAUCUCUCAUCAUCUAGCUUUUUGCAAGAUUGAUUGAUUAUUUUGCUAGCUUGAAUCAAAUAUUCAAUUCUCUCAAGUGUAAUAUCUAAGUCGCAAAGAUGGAUGAAGACAUGGAUUUCGAUGCUGGUUCUGCCCUACAAGCUAACGCUCCUCAGCAGUCGAGUACUUAUCCCUCUAAUGGAUCGGAUAGUAAUAGAAAGAUGCUUGACCUUGUUUUCGUGCAAGAUUGUACAGGCAGUCAAGGCAGCUACAUCUCCUCCGCCACGAAGAACAUUGAAAACAUCUGUGGUCAUAUAUUCGAGUCGGGCAAACUCCAAGCCGUUGAAGAUCUUCGUAUAGGCCUAGUAGCUUUUCGAGAUCAUCCACCUCAGGAUCACACAUACAUCGUCAAGAACUUUGGCUUUUCUUCCGACAUUAGCAAAGUACAAAAAGACCUAUCCACUUUGUAUGCUUCUGGUGGCGGGGAUGGUCCAGAAGCUGUCACUGCAGCUCUAGUUGAGGCUCUGAAUAUGGACUGGAGAGAACAUGCAAGCAGGAUGGUGGUACUCAUCGCUGAUGCUCCGCCUCAUGGGAUCGGUGAAUACGGUGAUGGAUUCGAUGAAGGUUCGCCAGAUGGCUACGAUCCGCUACAGAUUGCACGACAAAUGGCGAGUCGAGGGAUAACUCUGUUUUUUGUGGCUUGUGAACCUGCAUUGAGCGGAUAUCAAUAUGCUACCGAUUUUUACAAAGCCAUCACCUCCAUCACCUCAGGCCUCAUGCUUCCACUAACCACUGCCGAUCUUCUCACACAUGCAAUUGUGGGCAGUGUUCUCGAGAACCUGGACAUGGAACGCCUUGUUCGAGAAGUUGGUGCCGCUGUGGCCCAGCGUAUUCUGGGCAAUAAUGAAAGUGUCGACGACGUUGCCAGGGAGCUACACGAAAGUACGAAGAAGGUAGUGAUCGAGAGCAUCUACAAGGACUCUGAAGAGUCUCGGCAUAAUGUUGCCGUGUUCACUGCAGCACCAUCUCUAGCAGAUGCAAGACCACUUCUGAAAAGAGUCCAGGGCACCCGCUUCACGGAUAAAUACCUGGCAGCAAGAGCAGCUUUGACGCGGAGCAGUUACACUUAUACAUCGUCGUACGCGCCUGCAACUCCCCCUCGCUCUCCUCCUUCCAAAGCAGCCUCAUCUCCAACAAGCUCUGUGUUCUCGUCCAGUGGAUCGCCUCCGCGUAAAGUGGUCACAGAUUUCGCAGCAUUCGGUGCUCCCAAGAACGCCAGUGUUUUUGGUACUGCUGUCGCUUCUUCUCCAUUCUCGUUAGCAGGAGGAAAGGCAGCCUUUGGAGGUAUGCGGACUGGGGUUAGUAGGACCACUUUCGAUGAUGACGAGGACGAGGAGGACGAUGGUAGGCAACGUGUUGAGCUGAGAGAAGAUUCCAUCUCAUUGGAUCAGGCCAAGCGAAUUGCGAUGCAGAGCGCCUGGAGAAGCGCAAGGGCUUGAUUUGUCGAUCUCAUUUCAACGCUAUCAAUCGCCUUGUUACUUUGCAAUGUUUUCUCAUCAUUUCUCUUACUCCUGCGAGUCCUGGAGUGUUGCAUUUAUUAUUGGCUAGUCGAUGGUUAUGUCCCAUCGACUGCAAUAUUGGAAAAGCAAAGGACGACCA